AUGACGCUUGGCCCCUGCGCACGCGGGAGCCAGCAGCGAGCGCUCUGGCGCCGCAUCACGCCUUCAUUGUCGAUGUAUGGUCUCAUCGAUUUCUCACUCUUUGGUCGGUGUCAGCGGCGUUUAUUUGCCACAGGCGCAGGGACGAUGGCGACGCCCGGCAAAGUGCGGGUGCACGUCACCUCCGCCGAGGGGAAAACGGUGUCCUUCACCGCCCCCACGGGCAUCACGCUGAUGGAGGCGAUACGAGACGUUGGGAAGCUUGACAUUGAGGCCGCCUGUGACGGAACGUGCGCGUGCAGCACCUGCCACGUGCUGCUCCGCCAAGAGGACUUUCAGAAGCUGGGCGAGUUGUCGGAGGAUGAGAUGGACAUGCUCGACCUGGCGCCGUCCGUUACUAAGACAUCGCGACUGUCGUGCCAGGUGCAGCUUACCGACGCACUCGACGGCAUUACCGUGCAACUGCCGCCGGAGACAAGCAACCAGCUCUCCUGA